UAUGAGCAUAGAUAUCACGCCUAUAUAAUAUGCGCGACGGGCUUUCAUUCUCUUAGCUUUCUAAGUUUCCAAUUACCAAUUAGUUUUCAAUGGAUUAUUCUCUCCCUUAUGUAAACUCUAUCACUGCUUUUUUAUUUACAAUCAUCAUCGUUUCCUAUUACUUCUCACGCAGAUGGAGACCUGCCAAAUUAGCCCCAACCGAAGCCAAGGGUGCAUGGCCGAUAUUUGGCCACCUUCCCUUGCUAGGAGGAUCCACACCUCCUCACAUCAAAUUGGCAGCCAUGGCUGACAAGUACGGGCCUCUCUUCACCAUCCGCCUCGGCGUCUAUCCAUCUCUGGUGAUAAGCAGCAGUGAGAUCGCAAAAGAAUGCUUCACAACCAAUGAUUUGGCCUCAAGCUCGCGUCCAAAGCUCGUGGUUGUGGAACACGUUGGCUAUAACCACGCCAUGUUUGGGUUUGCACCCUCCGGACCCUUCUGGCGAGAGAUGCGCAAGAUUACCACCUUGAAGCUGCUCUCGAACCGAAGGCUUGAGCUGCUCAGACACAUUCGAGUCUCUGAAGUGACAACUUUCUUGCAAGAAUUGUACAAAACUUGGAGCACCGCGGAGAAGAGGGAGAGCAAUAAUAGAGACGGGGUUUUGGUGGAGUUGAAGCAGUGGUUUGGGGACAUGACCUUGAACGUGAUUCUUAGAAUGGUGGCCGGAAAGCGUUAUUCGGUUGCGGCCGAUGAGGAUGAGAAGACAGAAGCACGUAGGGUUCAGAGUGCAUUGAAGUUGUUUUUUUAUUAUGUGGGGCUGUUUGUGUUGGGUGAUGCGGUGCCUUAUCUUCGGUGGUUGGACUUGGGUGGGCAUGAGAAGGCGAUGAAGAAGAUUGCCAAAGAACUGGACGCCAUCGUUGGAGGGUGGGUUGAAGAGCACAAGAGAAGGAGGGCAAGAGGUGAUGCUAAAGGGGAACCAGACUUCAUAGACGCCAUGCUUUCUGUGCUUGAUGGUGCAGACCUAGGCGGUUUUGAUGCUGACACAGUCAACAAAGCCACAAGCUUGAAUAUGAUUGCAGGAGCUAGCGAUACGACCAUGGUCACAUUAACAUGGGCAAUAUCACUAUUAUUGAACAACCCUCACAUGCUUAAAAGAGCUCAAACCGAACUGGACACUGAAAUAGGCAGACAAAGAGUUGUGAGUGAGUCAGAUAUAAGCAAGCUGGUCUACAUCCAAGCCAUAGUGAAAGAGACGCUGCGUUUGUACCCUGCAGCACCAUUAUCUGGACCACGAGAGUUCACCAAGGACUGCACCAUAGGCGGCUACCAUGUCUCAAAGGGCACCCGGUUGAUCACGAACCUUUGGAAGAUCCAAACCGACCCGAGAAUAUGGCCCGAUCCAUUGGAAUUCAAGCCGGAGAGGUUUCUGACCACCCAGAAGGAUGUUGAUGUUAAGGGAUUGCACUUUGAGUUAAUUCCGUUUGGAAGUGGGAGAAGAGCAUGCCCUGGCUUGGCAUUUGCCCUUCAAAUGGUGCAAUUUACUUUGGCUAGUUUUGUGCAUGCGUUUGAAAUCUCCAACCCCUUGAGUGCACCGAUUGAUAUGACUGAGAGCUUUGGACUGACAAACGUCAAGGCGACCCCUCUUCAGGUUCUCAUCAAACCUCGUUUGCCCUCUCAACUUUAUGGAUAAAAUGAUAAAACAAGGAUUUUUAUUUAAUUAAUGUAUGUAUUUACUCUCAACGUUGCUAUCCUAAAUUAUAGUUCGUAGUUAUAUAUAUAUAUAUAUAUAUAUUUUCUUCUUCAAUAUAAUGUUGUUUGUCCCUGUA